GGUUUUAUGUUUUCUUUGUUAUUUCUAUUCUAGAAGAGAGAGAGAGGGAGACGUGAGAAACGAAAAGAAAAUGAGAAGGAUGAUCGCGAAAUCUUCAUUCUAAAAUCUUUGGGAUUUCGAACUCUGUAAAUUUCUUGUAAUCUUUCUUCAUGGUACAGCAAUUGCUCUAAUCAGAUUCGUGAGGAUAUAUAUUUACUGGGUAAACUAGCGUGAUUCGGAUUUUUCAGUUUGCGUGAUCUAUAAUUAUCUGGCGCGAGAUUGUGAUCCAGGGAUCGCUGGCUGAUCAUUAGCUUCUUUUUUUAUGCAUAAUUGAGAGAUGGUGGUCAAGAGGCGGUUAAAUUGUGGCUCUAAUGGCUUUGAUUUCCCUAAUAUUCCCAAGGCUCCUCGUUCAAGCAGGAGGAAGGUAUCAAUUAAGAGAGAUGAUGUUGAAAGUCAGAUCAGUGCAAUUGAUUUGCUAGCUUCUCUAGCUGGAAAGUUGCUGGAAGAAAGCGAGAGUUCCUCAACGUCUAACUGUGCAUUUGAAGGGGAUAAUCAUGGUCAUUUGGGUGCAGAGGUUAAGCAAGAACUUGAAGAUGUCUAUGACAAGCCUUGUAAAUCCGAGUUUCCUCAUCAAGGGAUCCCCGCGUCAAAGUCGACUAGUGACAAUACUAGCGAGACGUGUUUGCAAAUUUCGUCUCUGGAAAAUGAUUCCAUUGUGGAGCAAACACCGGUUUCUGAUUGUAAGAGAGCUCGCGGUUUGAAGCCCCUAUUACGGUGUGAAAACAAGAAAGGGGAUUGUGAUUUUCUUGUUGGAUCAGGUGGCAUCUCUGAGGAGACAAGUGUUGUUAACGUGGAUGCCGGGUUUGACCAAGGAGAAGCGAUCAAUGGCUUGGAAGAAGGUGGCUUAACAGCUGAUACUUUCAGCUUAAAGGAUCCAAGUCAAUUACAUGUGCAAUUUCCAGAACCAGUCCACCUGGAUGGCGAUGUAAAACUGCCAUCAGGCACGGACGGUGUCCCUAAUGGUUCUUUUGCAGUAUACGGGAAUCAUUCUAAGUUAGUUUGCAGAGAUGAUGACGAAAACUAUUGUAAGUUCUAUAAAUUUAGUGACAAAUGUAAGUCAUUUAGGCCUUUGACACGAGUUGGAAAUCGAAGAAUAAAGAAGUCGGUGAUGAAAAAAUACGGGAGAGCAGUCCCCAGGAUGAAGUGUUUUGAAGACACUAGAACAGAUGGUUGUUUAAAGGCUUUUCACCGCAAGAGAAAAUUAUGUUAUGGUUACAACCCAUGGAAGCAGGAGACUGUUCAUAGGAAGAGAAGAUUGUCUGACAAAGGCUUGGUUGUUAAUUCUGAUGGAGGACUCAGUAGUGAAAGUGUUUCCAACUCACCUGAGAAGGGAGAAUCAGAAAGUGGUGUGUUCUCUGCCGCAGUAGGUCUUCAUUCAAAGGACUCUCGUGUAAAGUUCAGCAUCAAGUCCUUCAGGAUUCCCGAGCUUUUUAUUGAAGUUCCAGAAACAGCAACAGUAGGCUCACUAAAGAGGACGGUGAUGGAGGCUGUUACUGCUUUACUCGGUGAUGGGAUACGUAUUGGCGUGUUAGUCCAAGGGAAGAAAGUUAGAGAUGACAACAACACUCUAUCACAGACUGGUCUUUCGUGUAGAGAAAAUCUUGGCAACCUUGGCUUCACCUUGGAGCCUGAUUCCGAAAAAUUGCCUGUACCUCUUUGCUCCGAAAAUCCUAUAAUUUCUAUGCCAACUGAUUCUUCAAAUCUGUCGGAAAGGUCCGCAGCUUCUCCCACGUUAGAUUCUAGAAUCCCUUUUCGUCUUCAAGAUGCAGAUCACGUGAUUAAUUCGGAAAAUUGUAUGGAGAACAAUCAGGAGUUAGUUCCAUAUCAGAGUGACAUAUCAGCUGAUGAACAAGUUUCAUUAGAUUCAAGAGCGCUGGUUCCAGUUUCAGCCUUGGAAUCCAAGGCUCUUGCAAUUGUUCCAGUUAACGAGAAACCUAAGCGUACAGAUCUUUCACAGCGCAGAACCAGGAGACCAUUCUCUGUUACAGAGGUAGAAGCUCUAGUACACGCAGUUGAGGAACUUGGGACUGGAAGAUGGCGUGAUGUGAAAUUGCGUUCUUUUGAGAAUGCAAGUCAUCGAACCUACGUGGACUUGAAGGACAAAUGGAAAACUCUGGUUCACACGGCAAGUAUUUCACCGCAGCAACGAAGAGGAGAACCAGUGCCUCAAGAACUGCUAGACAGAGUCUUGGCAGCACAUAGGUAUUGGUCACAGAACCAACUGAAACAGAACGGGAAACUUCAGGCGGCUGCAACAAUGGUGGUUAAAACAGGCUCGUCCAUGUAAAGGAGGAAAGGUAUAACAAUAACUUUCACUUGACGGCUAAGGAACCAAUGUGGGCAACUGUACAAAGACAAAACAACAGAAGCAUACUUUAUUUUAUUUUUCCAACUUGAGGAUUUUUUUAAUCAUAGCUGGCAGAAACAAUACCUACUUUUGGUUACUUUUAUGUUACAUCUGUUCAUUUCAGUUCCUAAUUGAUUUGACUUUGUAAUAUGGUAGUGGUGAUAGGUCUUUGAAGACAUUCUUUUAUUUUUUUGUAAUAUUGACAUGUAAUUUUAGACAAAUUCUUUUA